AGUCUAUCUUAAUGUGCUAGGCAGUAUGUGGUCUGUUAUAAGGAAUUCUCAAUUCUCAUAGCGCGACUUGUAGCAUGCCAUCGACCGUGCAAGAAUCACUAAGAAGCGCUAUCCAAAUUGGCGCCCCAUUGUACAACUCCGGCGACCCAGCUGGCUGCUUCAAGACUUACUUGGAGGCAGCACGUCAGGUCGCUGAGGGGCCCGUUGCAACGCCAUCCGAGAGAUCCAUCCUAAGGACGGCCAUCGAGCGUGCCGGGGGCGUCAGAAGCGCGGAUGAGGGCGCCUGGGUCCUACGGCGAGCGUUCGACUCCAUCAUAAGCGGUGCGGCGGCGGCUCAGGAGCGUGCUGCGGCGGCGGUGGCUGCUGCAGGCCGGCCGGGCGCACCGGUGGAGUUUGAAGUGCUGUCCUUUGAGGAGGGGCUGCCGGCGGCGCCCCGGUGGAGAGUCCUGGAUGAUGUGAUCAUGGGCGGGAGGUCCCAGAGCCAGGGGCUGUCGUACGAUGGUGCCGACCCGGCGGCAGUCUUUAGCGGCACUGUGACAACAGACGGUGGCGGCGGCUUUGCCAGCCUGCGCUCAGACGAGUGGGGCGGCUUUGCCAGCCUCAGCUCAGCCCGGGGCAUUCGCCUGCUGGUCAAAGGUGACGGCAGACAUUACAAGCUGAACGCCAAGACGGACGCCGACUGGGACGGUGUUCAGUACCAACAAGACUUUGUUGCGCCGCCCGAGUGGACCAAGGUAGACUUGCCGUUCACUGACUUCAAGCCCACGUUCCGUGGACGAGUGGUCCCCAACAGGCCGCCAUUGCAAGGGCAACAGAUACAGCAGCUGGGCCUUAUGGUCUCCAAAUUCACAGCAGACGGAGGGGUCAUCAAAGGCUUCCGCAAUGGGUCAUUCCGGCUGGGGGUCCGCUGGAUUAGGGGGUUCGUGUGAACGCUGGAUAAGAGCUGGGUAAUAGUGGCGUUAAGAGCUGUUGAGGAUAAGCCGUUUGUGAAGUGAGCCGCAGGGCUUGGGCCGUGAGAUGUGACAGCUGCAUACCGUACUUGUAUGAUCGUCUUAUUGACGGCGUUAAAGCCACCACAAAGUGUUUUCUCACCCCGGUGCUGAAGAAGCGCUGACACGGGAACUGCCGGGAGUUGCCGCCGCUGCACAGGGCUUCCGCAUAGGGCUUCCGGUGCUAACCUGGCUCGUUUACGGACGACGUUUGCAUUUCGUGUUACAUAGCCCGCACGCAACAGCGUGUCACUCCCGUGGGUCCCUCCCGCACGGUCUACACCGGCCCCGCCCUGGAGCGCAGUGCCAACCCAAAGAAAGCAAAA